AUGCAUCUCACAUCUUUUAUAUUUCUAAUAUGUGCAGCUUUGAUAACCAGUGUACUUUGUGAACUAGACUAUUAUAAAGUGUUAGGCUUGUCAAAAGGUUCUGGUGAAAAGGAAAUCAAAUCAGCGUAUAGACAAUUGAGUAAAAAAUACCAUCCUGAUAAGAAUCCUGGUGAUGAAGAUGCUCAUCAUAAAUUUAUUGAAGUUGGUGAAGCUUAUGAAGUAUUAGGUGAUGAAUCUAAAAGAAAAUUAUAUGAUCAAUAUGGUCAUGAAGGGGUCAAACAAGGUGGUAAUCCAAGAGGCGGUAACCCAUUUGGUGGUGGUGGAUUUGAUCCAUUUGCUAGUUUCUUUGGUGGUGGUCAACGUCAACGUCAAGGUAGACCAAAAGGACACACAUCAGAUGUUAGAGUUGACAUUACAUUAGAAGAUUUCUAUUUAGGUAGCGAUUUACAAUUUGAUGUUGAAAUGCAAGAUAUUUGUCCUCAUUGUGAUGGUACUGGUUCAAAAGAUAAAGAAACUCAUACAUGUUCAGGUUGUCAAGGUUCAGGUAUGAAAAUAAUGAAAAGACAAUUAGCACCUGGUAUGUUUCAACAAUUUCAAACUACAUGUAAUGAAUGUGGUGGUAAAGGUAAAACUAUUAAAAACAAAUGUUCACAUUGUCAAGGUGAAGCAGUUCAUCGUAAUGCUCGUCAUUUUGAAUUUUAUAUGGAACCAGGUACAGCAAAAUCUCAUAUUCAUAUUUUCAAAGGUGAAGGUGACCAUAGUCCAGAUUGGGAUUCUGGUGAUUUACAAGCUCAUUUAGAAGAAAGUUCAGUUAGAAACUUGGGUUAUCGUCGUAGAUUUGAUACAUUAUAUCGUACAGAAGCAUUAACAUUAAAAGAAGCUUUACUAGGUGAUUGGAAAAGAGAUAUACCAUUCUUUGGUGAUGAUAGUGUUACAAUAACGAGAAAUAAAGGUGAAAUUGUUAUGGAUGGUGAUGUUCAAGUAAUAAAGGGGAAAGGUAUGCCAAUCUUGGAUGGACCUGAAGAAUUUGGUGAUUUAAUAAUAGAAUAUAAAAUUAUAUUCCCAGGUGGCGCUAAAAAUUAUAAAGAUUCAAAAUUAAUUAGAGAUGAAUUGUGA